CGCCGCUGCGCACAGUCGCCAGCCCGCCAGCCUGCUCAAGUUUCGCCACGCGCCGCUCGCGCUGAGUCUGAGUCUGCUAUGCGCACGCCGCUGCCGCCGUCGCGGUCGUCGUGUUCGUCGUGCUGGUAGCGAACGACGCGCCGUACGCUCAGUGCGCGCGUAGUGGGCCGCAUUCCUUUCCCGAGGCGGCGCGCUUCGAUUGGCCGUGGCCACGUGACGUCAUGCCCUGCGAGCAGCGCGCUGCUGCUCGCCGAUAAUGCCGUGGUAUUCAACAUGGCCGAGAGUAGUUAGUAGUGCGUGCGUGUGUACAUAGAGAUCCGACCGACGGGCGCGUUCGCCGUCCGCCGCUCAGUCGCCACCGACACCGCCGACGUAAGAAUUCUCGCCGCGCGCGCCUGCCGUCCGCGGGGUGGCCGUGUGGGGCCGUGUUUAUGGAAUUGCUCUGCGCCGCCAGACGAGUGCCGUGUCGUUGCAUGGAAUACGCGGAGUGAAAAAUGCCGAGGAAACGCAAUGGCGAAAUACCGCUGCCCGAUGGCUGGGAUUGCGCGGAGGACUACGACGGCAAGCUCUACUUCAUCGACCACAACUCCAAGCAGACGUCGUGGAUCGAUCCGCGAGACAGAUUCACGAAACCACAAAGUUUUGCCGAUUGCAUAGGAAAUGAACUGCCUCUCGGAUGGGAGGAGGCUUAUGAUCGACAAAUAGGACAUUAUUAUAUCAACCAUCACAAUCAGUGCACGCAACUGGAGGAUCCACGACAAGAAUGGCGUGUGAUACAAGAGGCGAUGCUACGCGAAUACCUGGAAACUGCUCAAGACGUUUUAGAGGCCAAGAAGGAUAUUUAUGAAGUAAAGUCACAGCGAUUAAUAUUGGCCCAGGACGAGUACAAUCACUUGAACAACGCGUUGGCAACGCUGACGACGUCGCGAACCAGCCUUUGCUCAUCGACGAGCAGCGUUAGUACAAAAUAUGAUCCGGACCUGCUCAAGUCCGACGUGGCGAUGGCCAAAAAUAGAGUGUCCAGGCUCAAGUCGGAACUGGAACGUAUCAAGACCGAGAUGCUCUAUACCCAACGAGGCGUGGACACCCUAUCAAAUGUUGAACAUAAACUCAACAGCAGUCAAGGAACAUGCUACAAUAUCAGUGAAGCUCAGGCCAUUAUGACUGAGCUGCGCAACAUUCAAAAGUCCCUCUCAUGGGGCGAGAAGGAACGCGCCGAGUUGAUGCAGUCUUUAGCCAAGCUCAAAGAUGACCUCACCCGUUUGCAACUUUGCGAAGAAAGCUCUCCGGAUGUUUCAACGCUCAGUUUGCCGCAGGAAAAGUUCAGCACGGCUUCCCAAACGGACUUGUCUUGUGUGUUAGUGCCCAUCGGAACCCGCCUUGCUGAAAUGGCCAAGAAACGGUUGGAAUACGACGAGGCUAGGAAAACCGUGCAGCACAUUCAGCAGAAGUUGGCGGAUCUCGAAGAAAAAGUGCAACCCGGUCAAGUAGAAUCCGACCAAGAGCGAUUGCUCUUGUUCCAAGAAAAAGAGCAGCUCUUGCGGGAGUUGAGGAGUAUAACGCCGCGAACGCGGAGUAAAGAAGAAAUGAGUGGGAUUCAACUCGAGUGCAAGAAAAUUGAAGAGCAGUUGAAUAAAGCACUGGAAAUGUCGAAUAGGGCGAUUGCGGAUCGGCUGAGGACGCAUGAGGAAAAACAAUUGCUCCUGCAACAACUUCGCGAUGCCCUGCGAUCUAUGACGCAACUUGAGUCUCAUUUGAAGAGUUUAUCCUACAGUACACUCUCGGCAAGCAGCAGUUCUAGUCUCGGUUCGCUAUCGACGACCAGCAGUAAAGGUUCGCUCAGUUCCGGUCUGAGUUUUACGGAUAUCUAUGGUGGGCCGCAGUUUAGUGGAUCUACGACGCUGAUGGACAAACCUGUGGAUAUGGUGGAUCUACACAGGAGGGUUGAACGUUUGCUCAAGGGGAGCGACAGCACAAUACACACGCCCUCGACGGGCCGAUCUCAGCCGUCGCUCUCACCGCGCAGCUCCCUCUCCUCUGUAUCACCACCCAUCUCGCCGAUGUAUGAAAACGUGCAAUGCGCCAAUCCGCCCCCGGCGUACGACCAGGUUGAACGAGACAGGCUGCUGCAGUGCGCUGAGCUGCGCCUCUCCAAUCCCCUGCAUAACGCAGAUUUCAGCAACAGGUUGCCAUUAGGUUUGCCGUCACACGCGGAUUUACUGGAUGUCAACAUGUCGCAGGGAUCUGGAUUGGGAAGGCCCGGAGCGAGACAUUCUUAUGAGAGUACUACUGACCCGCCGUUAUCACCUAUCUCUGAAACACCACCACCUAUGUCUGAUCAUGACGAAGGAAUGCAGGGAGCGACUUUAAGUCGGACGAGUUCUUCGGGAACUAACACCCGAUCAGUUAGCGCGGCUGUUAGCGACGAAUCGGUUGCUGGAGAUAGUGGAGUGUUUGAAGCUUCCAAUCGGAAGAACAGAGCAAGCGGAUUUUUCGACGCAAACGAUGUUAUUGACACUGCACAAGUACAAAUCAAGUUCAGGUAUAUUUUCACAUCGAAUAUGUUGACAAUAUGCAUUGAGCGGGCGCGGAAUUUGAUGGCACUGACUUUACCUGAAGAUGCUGAAGUGUAUAUUAAAGCAAUAUUAAUCCCAAGUUCACGAUCAGUAGUCUACGCAACUAACGCAGUCAAAGAUCAUCGGAAACCUACAUUUGGAGACAUCUUCAAAGUUUCCAUUCCACCAAAUAGGAUACCUACGAAGACGCUGCAAAUUAAUGUUUGGAGUAAAUCUGAAAGUCAACCUGAAAUUUGCGUGGGUUCUGCCCAAGUGAGUUUAGCAGACUACAAUCCAGAAAACACCUCGCAAAAAUGGUAUAACAUUUUGGCCCUUCACUAUCUCGAAUCUGCUGAAGACGAAACCCGUCUGUCACAUCUCAAACAAGAAUCAGACAUUUCUUUAUAUCGCGACAAAUCAGACUCGGAUAUCAUGAGCCUUGGAAUGGGUUACCGUUCAAAAAUCAGUGGUGCAAAGGAAGAAAGUUCCGAUGAUUCCACCAUAAUUUCAUCUCAAACAUCCACUUUAACCCGUAAUCAGGAGUGUCUUCCUGCUGCUGAUAUACCUUUCGAAGCUUAUGAGUACGAACGCGGUGAAAGCAGCGAAGAUGAAGACGAGGAUGAAGUUGACGAUGAGGAUGAUGAAGAUGUCGAAGAUUUCCUUGCCGCGAACGCCGAUAAACUCGGCACGCUCGCUGAAGACUGCUGUCAAGAGCAUGAACACGACGAAGAUUGCUUAGAGUAUUCCGAUGCGCAAACCAACACCGAAUGUUCCUUCCAGCCGGACCACGCCAAACAGUUGAAGUUGGCAGCCGGUGGAACGAUAGAGGAACGAGGUGCGAUCAAAAGGUCUCAAACUUUCUCGCCAAGUGCAGCCGUUAACAAGAGUCAGUAUAUUUGCAAGCUGAAUCGCAGUGAUAGUGACAGCGCCAUGCCUCUGUAUCGACGAGGAGGCAAUCCAUUCCAAAGAAACGCCGUCGAACGGCGCAGCUUGAGAUUCAGGAAACAGUCUGGUUCGAUGGCGACCCUUUCAAGGAAAAGUCAAACACACUUGCCGACGACAGCGCGUACUUCGAUCGAUCUCGAACUUGAUCUACAAGCACAGCACACGCGGUUGAUAAUGCUCGAGCAGGAUCUGAGCCAGUUGCGGGUGUUGAAGCAGAAGUUAGAAAAGGCUAGGGAUCAUGGGGAUACUGAUUUGGCUGCGUGGGUGCUUGAGGAUAAGCAUUUUCUGAAUCUAGUCGCACAGGCAGAGAGCGAUCGCUUUGGCAAGAGCGGUGAGGAGAAGAAGGUGGACCGGAUGCUGAAGAAAGUCUCCAAGGAGAUUUACAAACUGCGAAAAACUAAGGCUGGCAAUGGAAAACCCGACGUAAUUUCUUUCAAAGAGAAAAUGGCGUUUUUCACAAAAUUAAGUUCGAAUGUGCCUUUCUUGCCUUCUGACCAGUGCCAUCAAGAAGACACAAACUCGCUGCCACCCGUCUCGCCCUCAACGUCUACGAGGCGAGAUCUAGACUUAGAGUAUGCGACGUGCUCCACCUCCACGUCGACACUGGACAACGUCGACGCCAAAGACAAUAAACAAAUUAGAGAUAAGGCGGAUGGCGUCGAGUCUAGCCAGAACGGCGAAGAACCCACACGCUUCGAAUACGUCGUCGAUCGCGUUCGAGGUGUCGAAGUGUAACCAAGUUUCAAACAUUUUAAACAAACUUGCAAUUCAAUUGACAUUUGACGCACGAUUUCGUCACGCACCGACAAAAGUUUUAAAAGCGUUUUUAAGCAAAGAAAAAAGUGUGGUAUUAGUGGAGUUCAUCUAUCUAAACACCAGACAAACACAUUUUGCUUCUCUCCGUUUCGGCUCGAAAUACUUCACGAAUGCCGAAAGUGUAUAUAAAAUUUUAUUGUUGCCACAAAAUGCUAACCGAGCAAAGAUGAUGUGUGAAUGUAAUUUAUUACAUAUCAGUGUGAAUGUGAACGAAGUUUUCUUUUGUAAAAAAAUUAUAUGUAAAUGAAAAAUUAAGUUUAAGUGCGCCUCUCCCCGUCUAGAUUGAAGAAUUAUACAUACAUUUAUAUGUAUAUGCAUAUUUAAAAGCAUAGAGAGUACGUAUAUAGAUAUAUUUUCGAACGAGUUGUAAAUGAUAUUGUUAUUCGUAAUGAACUAGUUGCAUCUAUUAAUGUUUAUUGAUUGUAUCAUUGUGAUUAUGUGCCUUAAAAACGAAACAAAUCGAGAUCUGAGUCUGAUGCGGAACACACGAAAUGGAAAAUACUCAAACACGUACUUUUUAUACAAAGCUCUUAAUAUUAUUACGCGAGAAACGUUCUGCAUCUGUUUUUUUGUACCUACAUUUUGUUUAUAUUUGUUUAUAAAUGAAACAUUGAAAAUCUAUAUACUAUUUGUAAUCCACUUGUGUUGCCACUCACUAUGUUAAUGUUUCUUACUUAAAACCUGAAAUUAAUUCAAGCAAUUGCAUCGUAUCUGUGUGUCUUUAUUCUUAAAUGUUGGGGUUCUUAUUAUAUAAAAGUUUACGUUUGGCUAUAUUAGCUAAUCUGUCUGUCGAACAAUGAAACGAAAUACGCAAUAUUGUAGUAAAAUAUAUUUGUUAUUGAUUGAUCGAUCAAUAUUGAUAGAAACUAGUGAUUUUUUACUCGUGUAUUAUAUUGUACAUAGACCCGAAACUGCAGUUAUUAUUAGCGCAAUGAUAAAACAUGUUGAAUGAUGUUGUGAAAGUAAAUAUUUGUUACAUAUUGCUGCAAAUAGUGAAAGAUGUGCUACGAAAUGAAAAUUUAUAUUUUUAGUAUUAGAUCAAAUUAUAGUGCGAUUCUAUAAUUAUAUAUUGUUCAUAUAAAAUAAGGAGAAAUGACAAUACAAACUAUUAAAGCAA